UUGAUGCUGAAGCAACAUGGGAUAAACUAGCUAUUGCUGCUGGUGAAGUAGGAGAGACAUCAGUUGCUGAAUAUAUAAGUGCAACUGUAGAAAUAAUACAACCUAGUCUUCGUCUACGCAAAGCUGGGGGUGACCAAUCAAAAAAAAUUAAUGGGAAAAUUGCAUCUGAGGUUUUAUCAGAGAACAUUACAUUGAUACAAGAAUCUAUUAAGGAAUUUGAGGUGGCUAAACUGGCAGAGAAGUUUAUGGAGAGACAUAUCAUCACAAAAGAUGACAUGGAAGCUAUAGUCAAUAGGAAGUCUAAGAAGAGUAGUCUAAUGGACAAAUUUCAAAUGUUGCAGUUGCUUCAAGAAUUAAAAAAUACUGUUUCUUUGAAGGGAGAAAUAUUUUCAUGGUUUAUAGAAACUUUAAAGGAAUGUGACACUGUGGAAUCACAAAAAAUGGCUAGGACAUUAGAGGAACAAUACAAUAAAGCAAAACCAUAGCAACUUCCUUUUUGUAAGCAAGAUUUUUGCAAGAUCAAGUACAAUUCACUCAUCCAGUUUGUCUACUUUGUCUCCUGGUACUAAACCCUCCAUCUCGUUUGUACUCUAUAAAUCACUAUGCAUGAUUGACCUUUACAAUAAAUUUCAUUUGCUUUUAUGUAUGUUUUGGUUGUUUUUCUUUUGUGCAUACUGUAUUUAUAAUGA